AAUAGCGCUGCUGCGGCUCCCUGCUCCCCCUCCCUCCUCCUCCUUCUCAACUGCCUGCACACUGCACAGAGAGGGAGAUGCCUGCCAGCACGAGGAGCCUGUCAGCGGGGAGAAGGACAAGUACUGUAGAAUCAGACUGUCUCCUGCAUGAUGGCUGAAUCCUCAUUAACAGGUGCUCAGUGUGAGAGGAACAGGACACCGGGAGACAUUCUGUAUGAGGCUCUGGAAGAUCUGACACAAUAUGACUUCAAGAGAUUUAAGAACAAGUUGUCUGAUUUCUUUAAUGGAGGGCGAGGCCCCAUCCCACGUGGGCGCCUGGAAACUGCAGAUUAUGUUACCACAAAAAAUGUUCUCACAGAUGUUUAUGGAAAGGAAGCAGCUCUGGAUGUGACCAUAGAUGUCUUCAAGCUGAUCAGUCUCAUGGGUCCUGCAGAGGCUCUCCAGCACCAAGUGACACAACAUGUUAAAUCACAGAAGAUGUCUUCCAAUGUGACGCUUGAAGGCUGCAGAGUAAGAUACAUGGAUCAGAUGAGAAAUAAAUACCAUGUUAUUAAACAUCAUGAUAAAAGAUUAGGGAAAGGUCUGAAUCUGAAGAAAGAAUACACCAGUCUUCUACUGAUCAAGAAUCACCGUGAUGAGAAGGAGAGACAACAUGAAAUAACAGCUUCAGGCCAGAAGCAUCUACGGAUUAUGGAAGACAGAUCAUCAGAUAAAUAUUCCCCAACCACUAUACCGGCUCUAUUUGAUCCUGAUGAUAAUGGAAUUAUUCCCAAGACUGUGGUGUUACAGGGACCUGCCGGGAUAGGAAAGACUAUGACAUCCCAGAAGAUCAUGCUGGACUGGGCCUCCGGGGAACUGUAUAAAGACAAGUUUCAGUUUGUUUUCUACAUAAGCUGUAGAGAAGUCAACACCAUCACUGGUAAUAUAAGCCUGGCUGGGUAUCUAUCCAGCUAUUUUGGAAGGAUAUGUCCAUCUGAUCUGUUGCAAUCAAUCUUCCAUACCUCUGAAAAAAUACUUUUUAUUGUUGAUGGUUUAGAUGAAUUAAAAUGGUCAUCUGUAAAUGAUACUAAGGUUUGUGAUGACCCAUUUCAGGAGGUCUCAAAAGAAAUCCUUCUGAAGAGUUUGUUUAAGAAAACACUGCUCAGUGACAGCUCACUAAUCAUCACCACAAGACCACUCUCACUGUUGAAGUUGAAGGAUUUUGCUGAAUAUCUUCGAUAUGUGGAGAUUCUGGGGUUUACAGGGAAAGACCGUGAGGAAUAUUUCUAUAAUUUCUUUGAAACCAGAGAACUAGCAGACCUGGCCAUUAGUACAAUUAAGGACAAUGAUAUGCUGUUCACCAUGUGCGCUGUUCCUGUAAUUUGCUGGAUUGUAUGUACAGUUUUGAAACCGUUACUGAAAGAAGGAUUAUCUGUGAUUGGUGCCAAGACAUCCACUUCCAUUUACCUGUUGUACCUAAAGAGUUUAAUAAAGUAUCACGGAAGGGACUCUGCCCACUCUAUAAACUCACUUAUAAAGAGGCUGUGUGCUUUGGCCAAUGAAGGGAUUUUGGACCAGAGAAUUUUAUUUGAAGAAUCAGAUCUUGAUAGACAUGGACUGUCUAUGUUAGAGCUGGAGUCUGUGUUUCUGAAUGAGAACAUCUUCCAAAGGGAGACUGACACCUGCACCUGCUACAGCUUCAUCCAUCUGAGUGUGCAGGAGUUCUUUGCUGCUCUCUACUAUGUCCUGGAUGACAUAUCUGUGAAACAACCUUACACUGACUUAAAAAUUUGUAAAGUAAAACGUUUACUGGAGGCAUCAGAAGACCGGCCACAUCUAAAAUUAACUAUACAAUUCCUAUUUGGUCUUUCAAGUGAAAAACAAAUUCAGGAGACUCAGAGAACAAUUGGUUGUCCCAUUUCCUUCAGGGGAAAACCUGUCUUGGAGGAAUGGCUAAAGUUAAAGUCACCAGUCUGCUAUAAUGAAAUACUAAGCUGUCUGUAUGAGACACAGGAUGAGGAAUUUGUGGGGAAAGUGAUGUCUCAUUUUCUUAAAAUUACAAUCUCUACUAGUCUCUAUCAUGUGAAAGGGACCCAGGAGAAUAUUAAUUACCGAGCUUUAGCCUACUGCUUGGAGAGAAGUACAAAACGACAUACUGUACAUUUUUAUGGCUACAUCAUAGGUGUACAGGCUUGGAGUGUUCUAUCUAAAGCACUUUCUAAGUGUUCACAACUUUGGUUCCUGAAAUGUACAUUUCCUGUUACAGAGGACGUGACUCAGGCUGGAGCCAGUUUAUUUGGAUUGUUUGGACAGUGUCAGAUCAAGAAACUAUUUGUACGGAACUGUGGUCUGACCUCCUCCUGCUGUGUUGAUUUCCGCUCUGUUAUUACUACAAACCACUCUCUGACCCUGCUGGACCUGUCAUGUAAUGCUCUGGGGGACUCUGGAAUAAAGCUUCUGUGUGAGGGACUGAGACAUCCAGACUGUACCCUGCAGGAACUUGAGUUACGGAGCUGUGGUCUGACCUCCUCCUGCUGUGAUGAUCUCCGCUCUGUUAUUACUACAAACUGCUCUCUGACCAGACUGGAGCUGACACAGAAUGUUCUGGAGGACUCUGGAAUAAAGAUUCUGUGUGAGGGACUGAGGCACCCGGCCUGUACCCUGAAAUAUAUCAUGUUAUGGAACUGUGGUCUGACCUCCUCCUGCUGUGAUGAUCUCCGCUCUGUUAUUACUGCAAACCGCUCUCUGACCAGACUGGACCUGUCACACAAUGCUCUGGAGGACUCUGGAAUAAAGCUUCUGUGUGAGGGACUGAGACAUCCAGCCUGUACCCUGCAGGAUCUUAGGUUAUAUGGAUGUGGUCUGACUUCCUCCUGCUGUGAUGAUCUCCGCUCUGUUAUUACUACAAACCGCUCUCUGACCAGACUGGACCUGGAUCAGAAUGCUCUGGGAGACUCUGGAAUAAAACUUCUGUGUGAGGGACUGAGACAUCCGGCCUGUACCCUGCGACAUCUUUCGUUAGAGCACUGCGGUCUGACCUCCUCCUGCUGUGAUGAUCUCCGCUCUGUUAUUACUACAAACCACUCUCUGACCACACUGGACCUGUCAGAGAAUGCUCCAGAUGGGCCAGGAAUAAAACUUCUGUGUGAGGGACUGAAACACCCGGCCUGUACCCUGCAGGAUCUUAGGUUAAGAAAAUGUGGUCUGACCUCAUCCUGCUGUGAUGAUCUCCGCUCUGUUCUUACUACAAACCGCUCUCUGACCAGACUGCGCCUGUCAGCAAAUGCUCUGAGGGACUCUGGAAUAAAGCUUCUGUGUGAGGGACUGAGACAUCCAGAUAGCACCCUACCAGAACUGAGUUUAAGUAUCUGUGGUCUGACCUCCUCCUGCUGUGAUGAUCUCCGCUCUGUUAUCACUACAAACCACUCUCUGACCAGACUGGACCUGGCAGGGAACAAACUGAAGGACUCUGGAAUAAAGCUUCUGUGUGAGGGACUGAAACACCCGGCCUGUGCCCUACAGGAUCUCACGUUAUGGAGCUGUGAUCUGACCUCCUCCUGCUGUGAUGAUCUCCGCUCUGUUAUUACUACAAACCGCUCUCUGACCGGACUGGACUUGAGAUAUAAUGGUCUGACCAGCUCUGGAAUAAAACUUCAGGCAUGUGUGAGGCCGCCUCUGCAGCUUCUGUUGCAAUAA